AUGACAUCGUUUUUCAAUGGGGUGUUAGCUGUUGGUGCGGUGGCAGCCUGGCUUGUGAUGUGGUUCAAAGGCCUUCCCGGCAAAGACAAGCCUUUGAGCAGGUCACUUCUUAUUUUUGCGGCGGCUAUUGCUGUUCAAUUGCUUAUCGAGAAGAGUGUGGCAUUUGAGGACAUCUAUGCUAUCUCGAAAACGCCGGCAGCCAUGGAGCCCAAGAGUCUGGCGGUGAGGCUUAGUACUGUGCGCGAGCUCACUCAAGAAGACCUAGAUGUGCUGGGCUGGUUGGAGUCGCUAGGCCCUGACGGUGGACGCAUUUACAGACUAACUGGUCCUCAAGGCAUGAAAUGUAGUUGGUGCGUCUGGCCACUCGCCGCUGGAGAAUCUUAUAGCUCCUUGUCUGUGAACUUUAUGGUUUAUACGGGGAUGUUUAAUUUGUUCAGGACAGCGCUUGAUUUUUUUACACUGGCGUUUGCAGCUGCGCACUCGAUCCACAGCUCGAGGUGGUUCAAAGUGCAAUGCUUGAUUCUGAUUCCACCGCUUAUUGAGUUUGUUGUUAAAGCAAACUUUAUCGAAGCUGUUAAAUUCAAUUUGAUCUCGGUGUUUCGCGCUACGACCCACUCCAACCUUUUGAUGGGUGCUGCACUGCUGGUGUAUCUUGAAGAGCGCAUGUGGGCAUCUGCGCGAUCUUAUGCCCCCGAAAACAUUCUCGCCAAGGCAAAUUCGAGUUUGGCAUACAAUAUGAGGAACUUGGGCGCGCUUUAUUUCAUGGGUACUCUCAAGGGACGCGACGGUGACCUAGGCACACUGGAGCAAAAAUACUGGGAAGAGCAAGAAGGUUUUGUACAGAAAGUAUGGAAGUCUGUGGACAAGAAAUCACCACCAAGUAGCGAGGAUACCGCGUUUGCGGAUAACGCUUUAGCAACUUUGACGUCACGAGAUGGAUCGCAAGUUGGAUACACGUUGGGCGGAACCGAUCCCAGGACACUGCGACGAAUUCUUGGGUUACCUCAGUAA